UACAUGGUGUACCGGUCGGCUACGUGUAGUCGUCGUGAACCAGCUAGUAAACGUAUCAUUGUAAAGUUUGUAAUAACAAUAAACGGAGCGCCAGUGUUAUUAGCGCUUCAGAUAACGUUAAAUUGAAUGGGGACAGCCAGGAGGUGGGUCUAGCUUUUUAGGCCAUCAGCAAACCAUCGUUAGCUAGCUGGGUAGCAGUGGCGCUAAUUGUCACUGCCUGGUAGCGUUCCAACUGGCGUCAUACCGGGUGGACGUAUCCGGUGUGUUAGCACGGCGUGUAAUGUCUUGGAUACGGUUAAGUUGUCAAUAUAGAGCAAACGCUUGUGUUAAUUGCUAACAGUUAAGUUACAGUUACCUUACGUUAAAAAUGGCAACACUAGCUAGCAAUGUGAAUACAUAUAUACCUGUAACGUUAAGCUGAAUUGCCCACAACGGGGCGGAAUAUAUUUUAAAAAGACGUGACGUGGAAAUCAUUCAUCGUUGGUUAACGUUUCACUGGUUAAGGAUCAGCUAACGUCAGCUAACUAGCUCCGUGCUAGCUGUGCUCGUUAGCAAGCUAACAAAGAGCCGUUGCUCCUCCUUGCUUUGUAUGCUCGAUGUUGCCAUUUCAAAUGGCUGUGGUGUCACUGCGGUGAAGAAAUAGUGAAACUGGACUGGAGCAUAUUCAGAGGGUCUGACCAUCCUGCCUUUGCCUACAGUAGGAAGUUUGGUGCCUGUUUUAGGCUGUGCGUGUUUGUUCCUGACCAGUGAUUCCUUAUGCUUGAUAGAAGCUGUACCCUGUGUCUUACAGGAUGGAUGAUGUGGACUUACUGUGUAUCAGCAACAGCACUCUGUGUGCCACCUCCAAUCUCUGCUCUCUAUAUAUAUAAAGAUCGUCUUUGAGCAUUAAAAAAGAUAGAAGUUGGAGAUAGAAGUUGUAAGACUUUCUAUCUUUUUUUUCUUUUUAAAGCACACACCGAGACUGCUUAUAUAAGCCUAUAUGGCGGCUAUGGAAGCAUCCUUAUUUUGAUUUUUCCGUUAGUGUAUCCCCUUACUCUUAGUGUGGGUGGUGGGAUGUCGGAAAAGCCAGACGACAAAAUGGUAAAAUUCCUGGCUCCCCCUCAGAAGAGUGGAAAUGGCCCCAGUUCUGGUUCAGAUUCGAUGGUGAGUGAAUGCCGGCCAACAGAAGUGAGACGCCGGCAUCACACCAUGGAGCGUGAUCGAUGUAACCCUGAACACCGCUUCUUGCGCCGCAGUGUCAUCAGUGAUUCCAAUGCUACAGCAUUGGCCCUCCCUUUACCCAGCAAGAUCCCCAUCCCUGCACCUCAACGGGUUCAGCCACGGGAAACAGUCCCCCGUCAACAGGCUGCUGCUGCUGCUGCUCAUUUGCCGCGGGCUGAACCAAGUUUAGCUCAAAAUGAGGAGUCUGCUGAUAGUGGAAGAGGAGGAGAAGAAGGAAAAGAUAUAGAAAUAGCCAAGGUGGAUGUAGUGCCUUCAGAGCAGGAACCUGGCGUUGUACAACAUAUCUGUGAUGGAGAGGUGGUGUUAGUAGCCCGCUCCGCACCAGGCUUAGGAACAGAAUUGCCAAGUCAAACAGAACCUGAAAGCACCACUGAGGUGGAGGUACAUCAUGAAGAAGAGGGGGAGGAAGAAGAUAAGGACUCUGCCAAGGCACGAGCAGAGGCAGAGCAGAGAGAAGCUGAGAAAAAAGUGCAGGACGACAUCGAAGAGGCCGAGACCAAAGCAGUGGGAACAUCACCGGAUGGGCGUUUCCUAAAGUUUGAUAUAGAAAUUGGACGUGGCUCCUUCAAGACCGUCUACAAGGGCUUGGACACCGAGACCACAGUGGAGGUGGCUUGGUGUGAGCUGCAGGAUCGUAAGCUGUCAAAGUCAGAGAGGCAGCGCUUUAAGGAGGAAGCGGGGAUGUUAAAGGGACUACAGCAUCCCAACAUUGUCCGCUUUUACGACUCCUGGGAGGGACCCUCCAAAGGCAGGAAGUGCAUUGUGCUGGUCACUGAACUCAUGACUUCUGGCACACUUAAAACAUAUCUGAAGCGGUUCAAGGUGAUGAAAAUUAAAGUGCUGCGGAGCUGGUGUAGACAAAUCCUCAAGGGGCUCCACUUCCUUCAUACUCGGGCUCCACCCAUCAUCCACAGGGACCUUAAGUGCGACAACAUUUUCAUCACAGGCCCAACAGGAUCUGUCAAGAUUGGAGACUUGGGACUGGCCACACUCAAGCGUACAUCAUUUGCCAAGAGUGUUAUAGGUACCCCUGAGUUCAUGGCGCCUGAGAUGUAUGAGGAGAAGUACGACGAGUCAGUGGAUGUGUAUGCCUUUGGAAUGUGCAUGCUGGAGAUGGCCACCUCAGAGUACCCUUACUCAGAGUGCCAGAAUGCUGCACAGAUCUACCGCAGAGUUACCAGCGGGGUGAAGCCGGGCAGCUUCGACAAGGUGGCCAUUCCUGAAGUGAAGGAGAUCAUCGAGGGAUGUAUUCGCCAGAACAAGGACGAGAGGUAUUCAAUCAAGGACCUUCUGAACCAUGCCUUUUUCCAGGAGGACACAGGGGUGCGUGUGGAGUUGGCAGAAGAGGACGAUGGAGAGAUGGAGGCUAUUAAGCUAUGGCUGAGAAUUGAGGAUGUAAAGAAACUCAAGGGGAAGUACAAAGACAACGAAGCUAUUGAGUUUUCUUUUGACCUCAACAAAGACGUCCCAGAGGAUGUGGCUCAGGAAAUGGUUGAAUCUGGUUAUGUGUACGAAGGUGACCACAAGACCAUUGCGAAGGCCAUAAAGGACAGGGUGUCUCUAAUCAGUCGCAAGAGAGCACAGCGGCAGCAGGUCAGGGAGGAUCAGGAGAAGAGAAGGCUAGAAGAAGAACAGCAGAGUCAGUUACUGCCAGCACAGCAACCAGGCCAACAGUCAAGCCCGGAGGUGCCUCAGUCUCAGCCAGUGCCGCAGCCUGCUCCUUAUGUCCCUCCACAACCAAACCAACACGGCAUACAGAUGUCUGCCCAACCUGCAUCUCAGCAGAGCCUUCAGAGCUCUAACUACAACACUCCUCAAUCAACCCAACUGAGUGGCAUGGCACAGGGGGUCCCUUAUGUCCCCCACUCAACUGGGCAAGUUCCAGUUCAGGGUCAGAGUGUGGCCACCAUCCAGCCAGAGUCAGAGGAACCUGAGACUGACCAACACCAACAACUACAGCACACUGGAGGAGCCAGUCACAUGGGAGACAGACUAUCUAGUUCCUCCGUCCUUCCCGAAGCCCAGCCUCCUCAGUCUGGAAUAUCUUACAGCUCCCCUCCUGGUCAGCACCUUCAGCCCCAGGUGUCGUGCCCACAGACACAAAAUGACCAAACGCAACAGCAGCAGUUAUCAAUGGUUCAACCCCAGAUGCAAGGUGUCCAGCCUGAAGUUGUUCCUGUUGCGCCCAACAGCCAGUCUGUUCCAGUGGCACCUCCACAGUAUGGAGUUUACUACCAACCAUCGCUUCCCCCUCAGAUUCCCACCCAGCAAGUGAUGAUACCCCCCUCCUCUCAAGCGUCUCCCUCUCAACAGCAGCAACAGCCAGAGAGCAGCACUACUCUUCAGAGCUCCACUCUACCGCAGGCACAGACUGGAGUUCAGCAGCUACAGGCCCCUGUGAGUGUUCCUCAGUCAACACCAGUGGAGCAGCCAACAGGAUCCUCUGCUCUGGUGCUACCAUCUGUAGAAAGCUGCCUGUCAGAUGCAGCUUCAGGUCUUAGUGAUGGCAAUGAUGGAAGUUCUACAUCAGGAGGUCGGCAUGAGGGGCGCUCACUGAAGCGUCACCAGCGGCGAUCCGUACGCAGCCGCUCCCGCCAUGAGAAGACUGCAAAGGCCAAGCUAAAUGUUCUCAGUAUCUCUAAUGUGGGAGACAGAGUAGCAGAGUGCCAGCUGGAAACGCACAACAAGAAGAUGGUGACCUUCAAAUUUGACCUUGAUGGUGAUAAUCCAGAGGAGAUUGCACAGAUCAUGGUUGAGAGUGAGUUCAUCUUGGAGAGUGAGCGGGAGUCCUUCAUCGAACAGGUCCGUGAAGUCAUAGAAAUGGCUGAUGAAAAAGGAGAGGGCAUGAAGGAUGGCUUUCCCCAGAUGAGUGAUCACCAACAACAGCCUGAGCUGUCUGUUCCCAUGCUGCCAGGCAUUUCUCACAGCACUACAUCCCAGGUGGUGCAUUCAGCAGGACGAAGAUUCAUAGUCAGCCCAGUGCCAGAGUCUCGUCUUAAAGAACAGUUCUUUGGCGCUUCUUCUGCUAAUACCUCCUUUGGAGAUGAACCUGCCUUAGCUCCCUCCAUGACAUUGGGCCUUUCUCUGUCCGCUCCAUCUGGGACUCUCCAGCAGGCUUUCAGUAAAAUGAAGCCAGCUUGUGUAGAGAGAUGCAGUACUCUUGAUCCCCCUCCUACUGAACAAGAACCAGGCACUGUUCCGUCCACUGAGGCUGGACUCGGCCCAUACUCUAAGAAUAUCCUGGCUCCGCCAGAAGCUGUAGCUCCCACCACUAGCACUACUUUUCCUGCUGUGUCUCUCACAUCUACUGCAACAUCCUCACCACCUCCCUCAACUGGGAGGGUUUCCCCUCCACCUACAUUCACUCAGUCCCAAACUCCAGCUCCUGUCACCAGUGAUCCCAGUCCACCUCCUCAGUCUUCCCAUGAAACAGCCCCCUCACAGCUUCCACCAGCCACCAUCAUCCCUCCCUCAUCUUCCACCAUUUCUCCUCCAUUAGCACAGACCUCCGUCCCCACAGUACCUGGGCCUCAGCUGAGCAGUAGUUCUGUCUCUGUCUCUUCAGUUGUCAGUGUUACAUCCAGUAGUACUGGCACUGUCCCUGCUUCAGAGCAGCAGCCUUUUAAUAGUGCUGUUACGUCCUCUCAGCCUAUGAAUUCGUCUAUCCAUGCACCACAGCACUUAACCACCCAAUGUCAGCCUGUCCCCAUUUCUGCACAGCCCCCUCCUCCCACCUCAUUACCCAGUCAGAGCCAGGUCCAGCCACAGCCAGUGGAGUCAGAGGGAGCUGAGCUCCAGACCAAGAUUGCUGGCAGGGAUGAUAUCCAAGCUCUAGAUAAGAAGCUACGGUCCCUCUUUAAAGACCCAAGCUGUGCCUCGUCCUCUGCGUCAGCGGAUCCUAGUCAGAACACGGGGACCUCCUCUCCUCCCACUGGGACUUCCUCCCCUCCACCUGGAGCCGCCCUGGUGCCCCCAUCUAACCUUCCCCUCGCCUCUGGGGUGCAGGGUAUCCUGGGCCCCACAACCACCCCAGGACAGAGUAUCACCCCGGCAGGACAUGUACAGACGCCUCCAACUAAGCCCAGGGCACAGACUUUACCUACUGGUUUUGAUCAAGCUGCUACACCUCCUUCUGACAUUGUACCCCCGUUUCCUGGACCAAAUCAGUCACAGCAACCCCUGGGUAAUUUGGACGCCGAGUUGAGGAGAGCUCUGAGCCCAGAGACUGUUCAGGGAGGUAACGUAGUCCAGCCUCCAGCAGCAGGUUUCGUUCUGGGACGUUUCCAAGUGUCUGUUGCAACUGAUGGUGUGUCCAGCAGUGUUCCAGGUCCCUCGAGUAUUGUUUCCUCUUCUUCCCUCACAGCGUCCUCUACCUCCUCUUCUUCCUCCUCCUCCUCCUCCCCCUCAAGUCCAGAAAAUACCCUCCAGCGGUCAUCCUCUCUGUCCAGAGGAGUUUGUGAAAUUGACGCUAUAAAUGGAGCCUCAUCUCUCUCUGCUCAUCCUGCCAGUCAGUCCACCACUAUUGGGCGCUUCCAAGUGUCCACGAGCACCAAUGCCACAUCUGGGCCAACCACUGGCUCUAAAGUGGGACGUUUUUCAGUCACAGUGACCCCAGCUCCAGCAGCAGGCUCCAGACCAUCACAUGGCUCCGGUAUACAGAAUGGGCCCUCAUCCGCAACCUCUGAUCCUCAUAAAGCACAAACCCAUUACAGUAGUGACAAUGACGACGACUCUGAGGCUGAGGACGAAGCUUUGCAGAAAGAAAUUAGCCGUCUCAGAGAAAAACAUAUGAAGGAGAUCCAGGCCUUGCAGACUCGUCAGAAAGAGGAGAUAGAGGCGCUGUUCAAACAGAUGGGAAAAUAUCCUCCUCCUUCUGUCUUCUCACCUGCUGUGGCGAUGGCUGGAGGUCGACGUAGGCGCAAAAGCCACAAAUCUGCUCGCAGUAGUGGACAACCCAGCCCCAUACACUCAGAGUCCCCUCCAAAGCAAAGUUCACCCUCAGCAACAUGUUCAGAAACCGCAACAGAGGCAUCACAAGCAGUUAGCAGGUCAUCCAUACAGCAGCUCAGAUUCUCUCCAUCCAUGUCCCUCAGUAGUUGCUCCACAGGAUCAAGCGGGACUAGCUCCACAAAUGGUUCAGGCAACUGCCAGAACCACUCUACUUCCCUGACCCAGGCAACUGGACCGACUCCUCCUGCCUCUCACACCCAGAAGGGCAAGGGCACCUUCACUGAUGACCUGCACCAACUGGUGGAUAACUGGGCCAGAGACGCCAUCAGCCAUUCCCAGUGCAAGAAAGGUUCUAAAACUGGAGCACAGGCAGCACUGGGACAUGAUAUUAUCCCUCAAGCCAACAUGGGCCGUAAAUUCUCAGCUCCUGGCUACCUCUGCCCAACACUUCCCACAUCUUCCAGCACCACAUGCACCACCACCACCACCUCUCACCUCCCCAACCCAGCUAAUCCCUCUGUCCCUUUGGGGCCUCGCAAAGGCUCUCUGGGCCUAGUUGCCCAGGGGUUUGGAUACGCCUCAGCCCCGUACAGUGCUCCUCAGUGGGCCGGACCCACAGGCACAUGCCAGGUCAGCAUGCUUAACCCUGCACAGCCAGUAACACAGUACCAGCCGCCUACGACAGCCUCAGUGUCCAUGCACCAAGGCUACCACAUGGGAACCACACCAGCCCCCCAGAAAUCAGUCAGCCCCGGAGUGUCCAACCUGAGACCUACGUAGCCGAGUCAGAGCCCUGGUUCAGGCUGAGAGCGAAGGCCACACAGGGCGGAGAGGGCAGACAGUUGUUGAAUGAGAACCACUAGCUCUAAUUGCAGUUUCCUGGUUAGCUGGCUGGAUACUGUGCUUUUUAUUUUUAUUUCAACUUUUAUUAUUAUGUUUUUUCUGUAAUAGAGUUGACCUGUGUGGUUCAAGUCCUCUCGGGCAGAACGAAAUCUGUCUUCUUUGAGGGAGAGUGCAAUAUGCAUCCACAGCACAAGAGUCUCACACUUGGCCUGCUAUUAGCUGUGGAUUUUGAGCUGUGACGAGUCGGUUGGUCGUGUCUGGUGAUGUAAUGACCCAAAGGCAUAACCAACAGCUGCCAAAGAUGUCUUUUGAGAGCAGACAUUGAAAUGUCGUCAUUCCUUUGAAGAGGAGACGGUAGGAGGGAUUCUGGUUCACAUCCUUACUGGUCCUGACUUUAAACCGAGCUGGGACUGAAGACAGUUGAACUAAUACACCACAAUAGACACACGUGUGCACACACACCUGACUAAACAUUAACCUGCUUGAGUGACUUGGGACGUUAGGUUAAGUUGUUCAGAGAGUGAGGGGGGGAGUGUACAGAAAGUGGGAGAUAAGAAUGGGACAGUUAGUUUGUCCCUGAUGGAUUAGAAAAGUGUGACUGGUGGAGUUAGGAGAAGAAAGACAUAGUAAGUUAGGCAGGCGGGAGUGUAAAUGAAGGUUGCAGUAUGAAUACAUCCCAGUGACUACCUAUUAAGUAAAAUGCAAUAAUGGCAAAGAGUAGAUAAACUGUCCCUUGUAACUGUGGCCUUAAUCCCCAAACACAUUUAAAACAUUGACUUUGUAAAUAGAUAUUUCUUUACUGGGUUAUGAUUUCAUGUCUAGCAUAUUUAUGUCCCUGUGAGAGUCUGGUGUCGUUGUGAUUUGAGUUGUCUAUCCAUACAGAUUUAUUGUCGUACUGAUUUAUUCUUCAUGUCUGAUAUGUAAGCCAGCGGAUCUGCCACAUAGAAAAGCAUUGUCCUGGUGUUGACCACCAUUUUCAACUUAAGAGUUGAUGCUGCUGUAAAUCACGAUCUGGGUAGAGGGUGUUUGCAGGGUGUUCAAGUUUUUGGUUUUUUUUUUUGUUUUUUUUUACACAAGAAUGAAAUCUUGUUAAGAAUCCCAAGUCGACACAUGAAACCACUUCACUUAGUGUUUAGCAAUGAGGUAUGAGCAGCUCACAAUCUGCGUAUCAUAUCAUACAAAAUGAAAUUUUGGUUUAUUGCAAUGGUAUUUAUGGAAGGUUUCAGACUCCCCACUUCUCCCAGUUGUUUACACAGAUGGUGCACAAUGCACAGAUGAACAGGUUGUUAGUGAAGUCAUGUUAAAUAUCUCCGCUCACAACAUUUAGCCGUGACCUCUCAAAUCACAAGUGUCUGGGGUUCUCUCUUUCUGUGGUCUGUUUUUGUAUGCGUAUAUUUAAUAAAACAAAUGUUCUUUAUGGACCUGUAUUCAGCCAUCAGAUUUUGAUGUUGUUUCACUGUAAUUAUUAUUAAAGGUUGUUAAACAACAUGUGUAGUUAAAGGAAUAUAAAAAGUGCAAUUGCAGGGUUGUUGUUAUUGGUAUCCUACCCACCAAGCAGGAGUAAUCCUGUGGUUUAUUAAGCUCUUCUGUCUAUGACUGCCCUGCCCCCCUUUUCUAUUUUAUUGUGUAUAUAUGUUAAUGUGAGGUAAAUGCUUUCACGUAAUGCUCAGCCACUAGAGUAUGCCUGUGGUGACCCACUCUACAUGCACAUGCACUCUAAUCUGUAAACAUGAGGAACACUUUAGUGCCUUGCAUCCUCACUAAUGACCAGUUCCAGAUUCAUCCAGUCCUGUAGCUGUGACUGUACUGCAGAAAACCAGUUAACUGGACCUGUACAAAACGUAAACACUCACACGGCUAACUCAGCAUGCAACACUCUGAAACAUUAGACUGAACACCACACAGGACUGCAGAACAAAGAGCACACUGAGUAAUGUGGCAAUGUUUCUUUUCUCUCUCCAGUUACAUUUGUGUUGGUUGUGUAAUCAGCUGUGUAUUUAUAUUUGGCUCAUGCGUACAUGAAUUUGGCUGACAUUUGUUUUUUGUGGAUUUAUCAUUAAACCGUUUCAUAGAAGCACUUGUUCAGGCAGUGAGUGAGCUGUAUAAAGGUUGAAAAAUGCUCACCACCUCACACGAGAGCCAUGCUGUCAUUCUGACUCUUUCACCUGCUCGUAGAUUGGAUGAAUAGUUAAACUUCUCUAGAGAAAAAAAUAAGUUACUGCAAUGCAGAAUAUGCAAUGUUUGAAGUUUUAAAGGGACUGAGAGGUUAUGGAAACAUUUGCAUGCUGAUGAGGGUUGUUACUGACUUAAGCGUUUUUGAUAUUGGAAUGUUAGAGAUCUUUUUUUUUUAUUAUUCUUUGCCUUCUUGUCAUCACAAAGUGUUGAUCUGUUCAUUUGCCAUUCACCAAUAUCACAGACACCACUUCAAUAUCAGACUAUCAACAUAUGAUUUCUGCAUGCCGGCUUCACUGAUGUUUAAUCUUACAAAUGACAACCAACUCACAGCUGGCCACUGUAUGGCACAAGCUCACAACAAAGUUUAAGGUCCAUGUGCUAUGCUAUUAUCAGUAAUUGUCACAGACCUCAGUCCUGUUUGAGGCUACUGACACACAGUAAUAUCUGUUGAGCUCUUAUUUCUGAUCCCUCCUUACUGACUUCCUGUGAUUCAGUGUCUGUUUUGUGUAUGUUUUUCACAUUGUACAAAAUGUAAAAACAAAUAAAAAUAAUAUCAAUUAAA